UUUGUAGCAAUAGAUUGUCACUGGUGGAAUAGUGGUUACCCAUGUAAGAAGUGUAAAAGUCCUCCUUCUAUUGUACAUGGGCAGUUUCCCUACCAUCCACACAAUGGCAACGAUUCCCCCUCAUGCGCGAGGGGUAUACCGAAGCCAGCUCAGUGAAAAUCCAGAACCUUUGCACCAUCCUGAUAAUGUUCCGCUUCCUUGCUGGGAGUUGAAAAUACAAUGCUGUAGUGCAGAGGGUCAAAGCACCGGGACAAUAGUACUUUUGAAUUGAGCGAGAUGCUGAGCCAGCUAUCAAACACUGUUUGCUGUGUUUAAAGUAUACAUUUUAUUGCACAUUCUGCAUUUAAAGUUAUAAUUUCACAGCCAGGGUUUGAAUCUUGAUUAAAUCUGUUAUCCCUUGAUACCAAAAGCGGCACUUGGAAUUGGCUUCCUAUAAAACAGGUUCCAAGAGUGGCAUAUCACAAAAUAAAAAAAUGUAUACAUAAUAUUAAGGGGGUGGGGAUACUGUAUAACAACCUGAAUAAAUACAAAAACUAAUCAAAUUCUACACCAAAUUAAUAUGUACUGAACCUAUGUUUGGUUUUUGUUUUUCAAUACAGGACCAAUUUGAGUAAAAUAAUCAACAGGUGGAUGAUCAGACUGUAAAUCGAACACACGCACUUGCAAUCCGUGAGGAAGGCGGUGCAGGCUUUGUUUGCUUAUCUGAAGAGCAUCCAGGGGUCCCAGUCCCCGCUGUUGAAGGAGCACCAGCACAUCUCUCUGUUGGUCACUUUGUGGAAGAUCCCACACAAGGAGCAAACCAUCCACAUCCCCCUCCCUCACGGGAUCCGAUUCGACAGUGCUGAGGUCUGCCUCUUCACCAGGGAUGAGCCCCAGAUGACCAGCGAGCAGACUGAGAGGUUGUACAAGAAACUGCUGGCUGAACACGGGGUGAACAGCGUCACACAGGUUAUUCCCUACCAGGCUCUAAAAAAGAAGUACAAGCCGUUUGAGGUCAAACGGAAGCUGCUCGAGAAUUUUGACCUCUUCCUGGCUGAUGUCCGGAUUCGCCGUCUCCUGCCCUCCCAGAUCGGGAAGCACUUCUACAGGAGCAAGAAGGCACCUAUCUCUGUAAACUUGAAAGUGAAGCAGCUGGCCAAGGAACUGGAAAGGGUGAUUCAGGGAAGUACCCUGCCUGUCAACCACAAAGGCUGCUGCUGCAUUGCACGUGUGGCUCACUCCGGGAUGAUGGUGGAUGAGGUGGUGGAGAACAUCUCUGCUGCUGUCAGUACCAUAGCUAAGAAACUAAACCAGAAACGGAAUAAUAUUAAAGUCCUCCACUUGAAGACCCAGAAGUCGGUGGCUCUGCCCAUCUACUCCUCGAACCUGCGCAGUCUGAGCGAGCCGGACAAAGAAGCAAACGCCCCACCAGACACAACGCAGAACCCUGGGAAAAAGGGGAUGGAGAAGAAGAAGAAAAAAGCAGGGAAGCCAAGAGACCAGGCUGAGGAGGGAGUGAACAGAUCAAAAGCUGUGGAGCCAGGGGAGAAGACUGAGGAACCCAAAGAAGUAGUGGAGGUGAUUCCUGAGCUGGUUCCCAUGGAGACCCCAGCCAAGAAAGCAACCGUGCAGAAGACCCCUACAAGUAGGAAGGUCCCAGCUAAGGAGACAGUGGAAAAAUCAACAGAGACCCCAGAUGUCAGAGAAACUCGGCUGAGAAAAAAGCAACCGCAAUCACCUGUAGCAGCAUUGGUUCUUCCAGAGACUCCAAAAGCCACGAAAGAGACCCCCGGCAGGAAGGCUAAAGCACCGAAGACCCCAAAACCAGCAGUAACUGAAAACGGGUCAGCCCCAGAGAAGCAGCAGAAAACCCCCAGGAAGAGAGCGGCGCCAGCAGGGAGCAAGCUGGCUAAAUCUGCCACAAAAGCACCGAGAACCCCCAAACAGAAACAGGAGUCGGAUGUACCCCAGUCUUGUUAAAUAAAGAAUUUGUAUACACUGUAACGAAGGGUACAUUUUGACCUUCAAAGGUUUGGAACACAUUACCGAAGGAAAGUUGGAACCUUCAGUGAUACUA